AAUUGAGCCCAUUUAAUUUUAAUCUUGAAACUUCAACUUUCUAAGGUAGAUACAAAGUCAACUUUUGUAUAUCAAAUAUAAUGAAUCCAUCUUUUUGCUAACAAAAAGAAAAAUCCAAGAAACACCCUUAUCUCCCCUUAGUGUAUUUUUCAUUAUUUACUUGUUUUAGUUGUAUAUUUUGAGCUGCUCAAGAUUACAAAUGAACCAAGAAAACAGGUAUAUUUUGAUAAUAUCAUUAAACCUUUGUAUAUUUUCCUUAAUCCUAGGUAAAUGUUCUGGUGUUGAUCCUCAGUUUAUAGCAUGUCAGCCAAUAAAUUGCAAAAAUGGUCCAAAAAUAAGUUUUCCAUUUUAUAUUCAAGAUGAGCAAGAAUCUUAUUGUGGAUACCCUGGAUUUGGGUUAAAUUGUAGUGAACAAGGUUUUCCUGUUGUACAUAUUGCUGCAAAUGAGUAUAUAGUUGAAAAGAUUUCAUAUCAAGAUCAUAUUUUUCAGCUGAAAAAUUCAGUCUUUAAUAGUACUACAAGCAAUGGUUGUGUUUCUGAGAUCAAGAACAUCUCACUCGAUAAUCGCCCUUUUAAAUUUGUCAAUGAAUCAAGAAUUUACUUGUUGUCAAAGUGUAAUGAGUCGAUACCCGAGCAUCUUUUGAAGAACAAGAUUGGUUUUGGUUGUGGUGAAGAAAAUGGAAAUGAGUGGGGUGUUGCUAUGUUUGCUGAGGAUGAAGGCUUUGAGUCUGCAUUAGAAAUGUGCAAAAAUCAUGUAAUGGUACCAGUAGAAAUGAAUGAAAAUGAGGGAAGGAAUCAAGUUCUUGAUUAUCAAUUGAUAUUGAGAAGGGGUUUUAGAUUGAGUUGGACAGCUAGUAAUUGCAGUGAGUGUGCAGAAAGCGGAGGGCGUUGUGGAUUUGAAGAAAAACCUUAUCAAUUCAAAUGUUUCUGCACUGACAGGCCUCAUUCCGCGAGUUGCAAGCCUACCAGAAAAAAUAAAUUGGGAUUGAUUCUUGGCUCAGUUUUAGGUGGAGCAGUGUUAAUAAUCUUGGUGGUCGCCUUCAUUGUCUGUCGUUACAAGAACGAACACAAAGGUUGUUUAUUCUUCCAAUCAAGAAACAAAUUUUCUGAUCCUUCCUCAAAUUAUGACUAUGAGGGAGGUAGUAAUUAUGGCGUCCCGGUCUUCUCAUACACUGAACUUGAAGAAGCUACUAGUAAAUUUGAUUCCUCCAGAGAACUAGGAGAUGGAGGUUUUGGAACUGUUUACUACGGUAAACUUAAGGAUGGGAGAGAAGUUGCAGUGAAGAGACUUUAUGAGCACAACUGCAAGAGAAUGGAGCAGUUUAAAAAUGAAAUUGAAAUUCUCACUCGCCUAAGGCACCGGAAUCUUGUUACCCUUUAUGGUUGCACACCAAAACAUAGCCGUGAACUCCUCCUUGUUUACGAAUACAUUUCCAAUGGAACAGUGGCUGAUCACUUGCAUGGUGAUAGAGCAAAGGACGGAUUCCUUGUGUGGCCUAUCCGCAUGAAUAUUGCUUUAGAAACUGCUUGUGCAUUGGCUUACCUCCAUGCCUCUGAGAUAAUACAUCGAGAUGUGAAGACUAGCAACAUACUCCUUGACGACAAUUGUUGUGUCAAAGUUGCAGAUUUUGGGCUUUCAAGACUUUUUCCUAAUGAUGCUACUCAUGUCUCAACUGCUCCUCAAGGGACAGCUGGAUAUGUUGAUCCAGAAUAUCAUGAAUGUUACCAGCUCACUAAUAAAAGUGACGUUUAUAGCUUUGGUGUUGUCCUUGUUGAACUUAUAUCAUCAAUGCCUGCUGUUGAUAUUACAAGGCAUCGACAUGAGAUCAAUUUGGCUAACUUAGCGAUGAAGAAGAUUCAAAAAAGUGCAUUCGAUGAGUUGAUUGAUCCGUCACUGGGAUUUACAUCAGAUGCAGAAGUUAGGAGAAUGACUACCUCAGUAGCAGAGCUAGCUUUUCAAUGCUUGCAGCUUGAGAAGGACUUCAGACCGACAAUGGAUGAAGUACUGGAGACGCUAAAACAUAUUCAGCGCGCUGAUGAUAUCAAAGAUGAGAAGACAAAGGAAAAAAUUGUCAAUGACACUGAACCUGAAAGUGAAAAGGUCCCUCCUUCUCCUGCACCCGAUAAUGUUGUACUGCUGAAGAAGAGGCAAAUGCCACCUUCACCAAUUUCUGUAACUGAAAAGUGGCUUAGUAGCUGUGGCAGUAGUAGUAUUAGCGGGUGAAACUGUUACACGCUUUGCGUUCAUCUAAAAGUACUUGAUACAAAUAUGUACUCAAACACCCAUUGCAUCAUCUGUAAAGGACAACAACAACAACAUACCCAGUAUUAUCCCACACUGUGGGGUCUGGAGAGGGUAAUGUGUACGCAGACCU